AUCAGGUGAGCCCGUCUGUGGUCAAGCUUCCUUGGUACAUGGGACCGUCGGGAAAAGAAGAAGAAAAGACGUUAUUUGGAACCUAACUUUGUUUGAAAUAAUUCAAAUGAAAUGGCGAACUCGGUGGACAUAGAAAUAAUCCUCAAGUCUCACAGUAACAUAACAAAGCAGAGUCUCGUAACGGUGGUGCGAAAUUAUCUGGAAACGCGAAAAGUGCCCCCGAACAGCGUCCUGUGCGAUUUCAGCAAGGACGAGAUCCCGUUCCAUUCGCACGUAAAGUCUGUCAUCGUGGGGAACAUUCCCUCAUACCAAAAGCCCCAUCUAGACUUCAACGAUGUACAAGUGAACUGGUUCGUUUAUAUGCUAGACUCUUUCGGACCCAUCGCGGAAACGGAGACCAACGAAGACGGAGAGCAAAUCAACAUUUCCACUCACUUGGGGUUGCCGUCUUUGGAGUUGUUCGAUUUAUGGGAGAAUUUAUAUUACGAGGACGAUGUUAAAGAGAACUUGCUGCGGUAUGCCCGAUCGAUGAUGGAUUUCGCAGAUAAAAAGGUCAAUCCGAAUAUAGUGAGUUGUAAUAGGGUCAUUUUAAUGCACGGUCCCCCUGGUACUGGUAAAACUUCGCUCUCCAAGGCGUUAGCUCACAAAUUAUCAAUACAAUUGAGCGAUAGGUUCAGCUCGGGCUUGCUUAUUGAAAUUAACAGUCACAGUCUGUUCUCGAAGUGGUUUUCAGAGAGCGGCAAGCUAGUAAACAACAUGUUCUCGAAAAUCAGGGAAAUAUGCGAAAACGAAAAAAUGCUCGUUUGUUUACUAAUCGACGAGGUGGAGUCUUUAGCUCACGCGAGGGAUCAGUGUGUGUCGGGGACCGAACCGUCCGAUUCCAUAAGAGUGGUGAACGCCAUGUUGACCCAACUGGAUCAGAUUAAAAGGUUUCCGAACGUUUUAAUAUUGGCCACGUCCAACAUGACCGAGGCCAUCGACAUUGCUUUUAUAAGUAGGGCCGAUAUAAAGCAGUACUUGGGACCACCCACCGUGCAUGCCAUGUACAAAAUAUACCAAUCGUGUUUAACGGAAUUAUUUAAGGCGAAAAUAAUAAAACCGAUGGACGAUAACGAUAGUGGGGACGAUUUGCGGGAUUGUGGCGCCGUUUUGAAUGGUUUGUGCGAGAAAAGCGUCGGUCUAAGCGGCCGUUCGUUGAGAAAAAUCCCGUUUUUGGCGUACGCGUUGUUUUUGACGGACCGUCCCGUGGACCUCGCGCGGUUUUUGCACGCCAUGGAACUCGCGGUCGAGAGGGAACACUCCGAUCGAAAACUGUUGAUGAAAACUUGAUUUUUUU